UUUUUUGAAAUUCAGGAUACAUUAAUUGUUUGGUCAGAAUCGGACACUUGUGAUUUAGCAAUUUCAUUUCAAGAUAGGAAUGGCUGUGAGGAAAUAUGGGAAAAAAUUUGUCAAGUGCAAGGACGUGAUCCUGAUCAGCAUCCGGAAACAGAUGAAAAUAAUGCAACAGACACAUUUAAUCAAACUGCGGCAACUACCACAAUAACCUUACCACCAUGUGAUUUAUCGCACUUGAAGGAAUUGGAAAGUAUUUUAACUGGUAGUUUACCUACUGCUCCCAUUCGGGAAAAAUUGGCAACCGACCUCGAAAAUCAAGGAUAUAUACCAAAGCUUUGUGAGCUUUUUCAUAUCUGUGAAGAUCUUGGAAACAGCGAUGGUUUGAAAUCAUUAUUUUCUAUUGCAAGAAGUCUUUUCAUGCUUAAUCGAAAUUCACUAAUUGAAAUAAUUCUUAGUGAAGAAUAUUUUAGGGAUAUUGUUGGAAUGCUGGAAUAUGAUCCUUUUCGAAAUGGUUUUCGUAAACACCGUGAAUUUCUUUUUGAAAAGGCAAGAUUUCGUGAAGUAUUACCAAUUCAUAGUGAUGAAUUAAAGAAGAAAAUUCAUCAGACAUAUCGAGUACAAUAUAUUCAGGAUAUUUGUUUACCAGUUCCAUCAUUAUUUGAAGAAAAUCUUCUAUCUGUGCUUACUAGUUAUGUUUUCUUUCAUCGAGUUGAAAUUGUACAUAUGCUUUUGGAAGAUAAGCCAGUGAUGAAAGAGCUCUUUGAUCAGUUAAAGGAUAGUAGCAUCAGUGUUCAACGAAGAAAAGAUUUAACAGUAUUCUUAAAAGAAUUUUUAACCUUUUCUGCAUCUUUGCAACCAAAUGGUCCUCGUGGGCGUGAAGCAUUUUAUAAGGUUAAUUGCUUUAAUUAUGAUGUAUUGGCAACAAUAGAACCUGGAAUUACGUCGAAGAGUUCAUACAUUCGAGCAACAACAGUUGAUAUGUUUGCUAUGAUAAUUGAAUUCAAUCCACAAGCAGUUCGAGAGUAUAUUUUGGCCGAAGGAAAAAAUCUCAGUGAAGCAAAAAAUAAUCAAUUAUUAAUGAAUAAGUUGAUCGAACUUAUGUUGCGUGAUCGUGACCCUGAACUGAAUUCGGCAUUUGCUAUGGCUCAGAUUAUGCGUACACUCCUUGACCCCGAUACUAUGAUAACAGUACCGAAUUCCAAGUCUGAGCGCCACGAGUUUCUUACGUUUUUUUAUCGACGAUCAAUGGAUACGUUAUGUCAGGAAAUAUGUUUUAAUACUGAAGAUAGAAAUCCGAAGAAGGAUGAUUAUUAUCUGGCCAACAAGCAGACAUUAGUUAUCGAUUUGCUUUGUUUUUGUUUUGAACAUCAUGCUGUCCAUAUGCGUAAUUAUUGUAUCAACAACAAAUUGCUUAAUAAAAUACUAAUUCUGCUGCGCAGCAAGCAUCAUUUUCUAUCACUCACUGCAUUGCGGUUGUUUCGGCGAGUUGUUCAACUUAAGGAUGAAUUCUAUUUCCGUUAUAUUGUGCGUGACGAUGUCAUGAGUUCAGUUAUUACUUGUUUCAUUGAAAAUGGGAAUCGUUAUAAUUUACUGAAUUCAGCAAUUAUCGAACUGUUUGAAUACAUAAGAGUGGAAGGCCUAAAACUUUUAAUUAUUUAUAUUGGCGAGAAAUAUCUCAAUGAUUUUGAAGAAGUGACAUAUGUGAAAACGUUCACUUUAAAAGAUGGUGAAAGUCGAAAACUCGAAGAAUCACCUCCUUCAUCAGCAGAUUCGAAUUUAUCAGUUCAGUGGAAAAAAGAGCGUCAGGCAGAUGCUGAUGAACAAUGGUUCAAUGAUGAUGAAAAUGAGGUAAACAUUUUAAUUUUUGCUUCGACCUUCUCUUCUAUUCAUGGAAAAGCAGAAUCAAUUAGUCGAAAAUUAAGUGCUGAACCAAAUUUCCCAAGCGUUGUUAAGCGUAAAGGUUUAUCAUUUUUUCUUUUUUAA